UUUUUUUUUAACAUGAUCUUUUCAAAAAAAUUAUUAAUAUUGAAUGGUGUGUUUUCUUUGAUUGGAUGGUUACUUGGUUUUAUUGGAUUGUGUACGGCAGGAAAAUCAACAGUGAGACAUUCAUGGUGGAUGACUAUCUACAAUCUUGGAUUAAUUGUCUUGAUCUUUGGUGUGGUAUGCAAAUCCAAACAGGACAUGUUCGCCCCUUUAUUACUCUCUUUAGUCACCAUUGGGAUUCUCUAUAAUACGCAAGAAGUCUCUUUUUAUUUGGAAAACAAUCGAUUAUCUCCAUUUUAUGUAACUGGUGCAGGUUAUAUUAUCCUCAUUGUUGCACAGUUUAUGUGGCUAGUUGCCUUUGGUAUCAAAGAUAUAUAUACCGAACCAACAAGAACAACAAAGACAGAGGAUGAUGAUCACUUGUUCACACCACAAGCAAGUUCAAACAUCAUGCCUACCGAUAUGGAUAUGGCUCAACACCAAAACAUGCUAGUCAAUGAUGCAAUGAAUACCAUCUACGUAUCACCUCAUGCUGAAUUCAAGAUUCCUGUUGUUGCUCUUCAUGCGUAUGGUGCUAAUCCAGAAGAUCCAAAUGAGCUCUCUUUUGAAAAGGGUGAAAUCCUCUAUGUCCAUGAAAAGAAAGGCAGUUGGUGGCAAGCAAAGAAAUCCGAUUGUAGUGUUGGUAUGAUUCCAUCCAAUUAUGUAUCUUGCACCACUUCUUCUGGUUAUUAGAAAUCGCUGAUGAUGAUUGUUUUUAUCACCUUAUUAUAUCCAUUCGUAUAAUGACCUUAUUACUAUUCAUUCUAUAAUACAUCAUUAUUUCCCGUUCUUUAUUUUUAUUAUUUGUAGUACGUACUUUAUAAUCCUUUUUAUUUUACUAAUAAAAAAAAGUGUAUAUAUUUUAUUAUGAC